GAUUCCCGGUGGUGGUUUCGUCGAUACCUGGGUAACGAGAAAUUGCAAAACACAUAACCCAGUGAAUCUCUGACAUGGCUCGAAUCACCGUGCCCUAUUCCUCCCCAAAAUACUCUCAUUUUGAGAAUAAAAUCAAUCGUGAUUCCCCCGCGAAAAUAAACUUCAUCAUGAGAACAAAUCCAAUUUUCCUAAUCAAUUCAUUUUCAUAAUUAACGCGUUGCCUUCAUUAUUCGUAUCAUAUCACCGGUAUUUUCUUGUAUCAGUUUCCGCUGUCGAAGGUUUUACUGAAAUAUUGAUAAUGUACGUGGUAUUGUUGGAAUUGAAAAUGCAGAAUAAUUUUGUUGUUAUCUGGUGAUCGAGAUAAUUUAUUAUUUUUAUCGAUAAAAAUUGUUAAUUAUGCGAUGAAUCGCGAACUUGACAUUGAUUUUGUGUGGAAUGGAUCAGUUGUCACGGAAUAUCUUGUGUCGCAGAGGAAAAAUUCAGUUUUCACGGAGGGCACAAUAAUUCAAUGAAAUCCAUGAGAGCUUUACUCAGAGGCCUCAGUUGAUCGUGACACUCCGAGGUGACAGGUCAUCAAGUCAAUGCUUGGUCUACGAUGAGAUAAAAAACAAAAUUUUCGAUGGUGAGGUGCGAUGUGUUUAAAGGAGUUGGAAUUGAAAUGGAGAACGAUUGUUGUACUCCACUUUUGGAAGAGAAUAAUCAUUCAGACGAGGAGGAAGCAGUCAAUCAGCUCACCCAAUCAUUAUUGGAUUCAUCAAGAAAGGGUGGAUUUGAUUCAAAUAUUAAUAACAGCGAGAAUGGAUUCAGUGAAAGCCUUUCUAGGAGUAAACUCCAGAACACGAUGAGAUCGAAGUGGUUCAGACCGGGGGAAUGUAUUCGAAAAAAAAUUGCGCCCAUGAAACUAUUACUCUCCUUUAUUCUCAUUUUUUCACUUUAUUUCAUAUCUGGACGGUACAUGGAGUACGACAGAUACCUGCCACACAAAGUCUAUGACCUUGAAGAUGAAUUGGUGGAUGGUUACCUGGUUUGGAACCCAAAAUGCCACAUGGUCUCGGAGAACCCGAUGGAUUCAUCCAUCACGAAAUAUAUAAAGAAACAGAAGUUCGAGGCGUGUUCAGCUGGCUCUCUAUUGACUUACACUGAAAAAAAUAUAAAUGGGUCAUAUUCCCUAGUCAUCAACCAAACAGUUGCCACGAGUUACAAAAAAUUUGUCUGCUGCUGGUCAACAAUUACCCGAACUCCCCCGAAAAAACCCCCCACAGGAGAAUGGGAUACAAAGAUCGACCAGGGAAAAUGUCAUGACUUCGAAAACCGUGUGCAACUCCCAGCAGACGUGGAAACAGUGAUGAUCUCCUGUCGACGGAAAGGCGCUGCAAAGAACAUCCUCUACGAGAACAUCCACCCGAUUUUGAAUCCAGCAAAGGUCCAGAGUAGACUGAACUCAUCAGAGCAGUUGGACCAAGCCCAAACGAACCAAACGAAGAUGAGAAGAAAGAUGAGUAUCCUAGUCCUAGGAAUAGACAGUGUCUCACGCCUAAACUUUCAACGAAGUCUACCAAAGACAAUGCGUUACCUGAUAGACACAGGUUGGAUAAACCUGCAGGGCUAUAACAAAAUAGGUGACAAUACAUUUCCAAAUCUCAUGGCAAUUCUCACUGGUCAAAAUAUGACGACAGCAUACUCCAAUUGCAAGCCAACGCAGGCCUAUGCCUUGGACAACUGUCCAUUCCUGUGGCACAAUUUUCGAAAUGCUGGAUACGUCACUGCCUACGCCGAAGAUGUUGUACCACUCAGUACAUUUAAUUACCUGAAAGUUGGAUUUGUCGAGCCACCAACGGACUAUUACCUCAGGCCCUACAUGAUAGCCACGGAGAAGCUCUUGAAGCCCAAAAAAAGAUUCAACGCAAAAUACUGCACUGGACCUGAAUUAGCAAUUGACAGAAUUUUUAAUUAUGCAUUGGACUUUGCUAAAACAUUUAUCGGGUCACCUUACUUUGGAUUCUUCUGGACGAAUACCGUGAGCCACGAGGAUGUCAAUGGGCCGUCAUCGAUGGACGAUCACUUCCUGGAGAUGUUUGAGAAAUUUGAAAAAUCUGGAGUCAGUAAUGACACGAUGAUGGUAUUUCUGAGUGAUCAUGGCAUGCGGUGGGGUGAGCUCAGGAAUACUUUUAUUGGAUGGUACGAGGAGAGAUUGCCUUUUAUUUAUUUAAAACUACCGGAGUGGAUGAAAGAUGAUCCCAGUGUAUUUCAAUCACUCAGAAUCAAUGAGCACCGUUUAACUUCACCUUAUGACCUUUAUGAAACCUUUAGAGAUAUUCUUAUUAAGUCUGGAGGCGAUGCCAAUGUCAGCAGUGGAUGCUCUACAUGCCAAAGCUUAUUGAAACCAGUGCCAAUAGAGAGGGGCUGUGCUGAUGCUGGGGUCUCUCCUCACUGGUGCACUUGUACUGCAUUUAAACCUGCGAAUACUGACGAUGAUGUAGCUAAAGAAGGUGCUAAAGCGUUCAUCAAACACGUGGAGAACGCUAUCAAAGAUUAUAAGAAUAAAAAGGGGAAAAGACUAUGCGCUAAGUUGAGAAUUAAAAAAAUUCAUAGAGCGGAUAAAAUUAUUGAUUUGAAUAAUUUUUCGAAUCACUCAAUUACUGUUGAGGGGUAUUUUUACUUGAUUGAAGUUACGCCCGGAGGAGGAAAAUUUGAGACGACCAUUAGAGUUCAUGGAAAGGGAAAUUACAGUGUCUCUGAUGAGGAGAUCAGUAGAAUAAAUUCUUAUGCGGAAAGUGCCAAAUGUCUCGAUCAUGGAUCCAAACGAUUUUGUCAUUGUAUUAAAUAGGAAUGGAGAAUUGAGAUUAGCAGAACUAGAAUGUGAUUCAACUACCAUUUUUUUCAGGAUUGAAACCAGAUGCAAUGGUCUGGGUCUUUUUCUGUGGUAGUGACAUUUUUUGACUUCAUUUUCCAACUUCAUUGAUUGAAACUGGGACAAGAUGAACUUGGUAGACAAUACGAUUAAAUAAAGAGUCACGUGAGUCGACUGGAAGUUUUCUUUUAUUAUUGUUGACACUCCGGGAGGAGGUGAAUAAUAAUUUUAGAAUGAUGUGUGGUUGAGCCAAUCGAAUUCUAAAAUUCAUUCCUGCCAAUUAACAGGACAAUUGGAUGUUGGGAGUCUGUAUGCCUGGAUAUCCAAAGCAACACUUAUUUUGUUAAAUGAAAUAUGAAAAAAAAAUGAAAUGAAAAGUUAUUGAAAUAUUGAGAAAUAUAUAAAUAUAAGAACAUUUGUUCAUUUGUUGAAGACUAUAA